AUGUCGGACUCACUUCGCGCCUCCGCUGAGCAGUUUGUCUCUGCCGUGCGGAUAGACUCUUCCUUGACAUUAGCGGCAUUUUCGAUCUUGUACUACGACUUCGCGCUCACAUUUUUCUCGGAAAUCGAGUACUUUUGGAGUCCCCCAGCGUUCUCGCCGACAUUUUUCCUCUUCGUUGCCAGUCGAUAUUUCGGCGUCUUGGGACCACUACCAGUAUUAUUCGAGUACUUCGGCAUAUACCCGGAAUUCCACUCAAGCUCCCGCAGAUGUCGCCAACUUCAACUCUACCACCAAGUGUAUGCUAUGGCAAGCCAGGCACUAGUUGCAGUCCUGUUGAUUCUCCGCACAUACGCCCUCUACAAUCUGAACAAGAAAGUCUUGGCGAUCCUUGUUGUCAUGCAUAUAUGCGGUGCGGUGCAGUGCCUGACCGCCGUUCUGACAACGAACAGCCCACUCACCACGGACGAUCCCCUCGACUUCAACUAUUCGGGAUGCAACCUCUCUCUGACCACGGAUCAAGGUGUUCAUUUAUCGCUGGCAUGGAGUGCCAUGCUGUGGUUUGACACGGCCAUUUUCGGUUUGACGCUCAACAAGGCGAUCAGGAUGAGGUCGGAGAUGACUGGUGGUUUGCUCGAGACGAUGUUCCGAGAUGGAACCGUGUACUACGGCAUUCUCAUCGUGGUGAACAUCGCAAAUACCCUCACUUUUCUGCUAACCCCGUCAAAUUCGCCGAUGAAGGGCAUGGCCACGUCUUUGACAAACGUGCUGUCCGUCACGCUCACGUCGCGCCUGAUGCUCAACCUCCGCGACCCGGACAUCCUGUUCCGACGGCGCGCUGAUGCCGCAAGUCCUUGGGAGACCGGGCAGUUCAGCUCCCGGAUGAUGAGCUUCUUUCAUCCGCCAGUCAAUUACGAACCGGACGAGGACAUGAUCGCGAUCGAGGAAGUGGGAGAAGAUUCGAUGGCAACGUCGACCACGAUGUCUCGGGUGUAG